AUGUCAUCCAUCAAGAAGUCGGGCUCGCCCGUUGCAGUGCCCGCAGAACCCACGAUUGUGCCGCCAGAGAAACCUCCAAUGUCCGAUUCGCCACCGCGCAUCCUCAUCAUCGGCGCCGGCUCAAGAGGCCAGGCAUAUGCCACCGCAACAGAGACAUCCAGCAACGGUGUUGUGGCCGCCGUUGCUGAGCCCAUCGCCUAUAAGUGCCAAACGUUCGGCCGGAGAUAUAUCUGGGGCUCUAGUCCUCCACAAGAAGGCCAACAGUUCGCGGGCUGGACCGAAUUCGUAUCAUACGAGACGAACCGCCGUGAGAGAGAAGCCGCCGGCGAGACGGUACCACCUGGGGUCGACGCCAUCUUCAUUUGUGUCCUGGAUGAGAUGCACCGCGACGUCGUGGUUGGAGUUGCUCCGCUUGGCCUGCACGUGAUGUGCGAGAAGCCUCUAGCAACGUCUCUGGAAGACUGUCUCGACAUGUACACGGCGCUGAAACCUCCUGCUGGCCAGGAACCCAAAAAUGUCUUCUCCAUCGGCCAUGUCCUCCGCUACAGCCCGCACAACAUGCUGCUUCGCAAGUUGCUGCUGGAAGAACGUGUCAUUGGCGACAUUCUCAACAUCGUCCACACAGAACCGGUGGGCUGGUGGCACUUUACCCAUUCCUACGUCCGCGGCAAUUGGCGGAACGAGAAAACAACUGCCCCAAACCUCAAAGGUUUGGCAUCGGGGAACACUGACUGGCCCGUCAGCAUUGUGCUCCCCGAAAUCGAGGACUUCGGGACCGCUUCCGAGCGAAACAAGGUGCUGGCUUCGAAGCUUGCGGAAGACUAUGACGAUUCGACCCCGAAAGAAGUUGUCUCGUCGCGGAACUGGUUUGGCCGAUGUGUGUUUGAUGCAGACAACAACGUUUGCGAUGAACAGACGGUGACCAUGAGCUGGGACGACGUUGCAGCCGAAUCUGAAGCGCCUAAGCUCUCCAAGUCAGCUACACUCCAUAUGGUUGCGCACACAAAGAAAAUCUGCGAGAGAUAUACGCACGUUUAUGGCGUCGAUGGCGAGAUUUACGCCGAUUCCCGCACCAUCACCAUCGAAGACUUCAACACUGGUACCACUCAGACCUAUCACCCGACGAUUGAGGACGCUGGCCACGGUGGCGGUGACAAGGGACUUGCGCGCCAGUUCAUUCUGGCUGUUGACCGCGUGAAGAACCACGGUUGGACCGCCGAAAGAGCGCAGAAUGAGUAUAUCGGGUGCACCCUGGAAGAAGUAAUCCGGUCGCACGCCAUGGUUUUCGCGGCAGAAGAGGCUAGGACGGGCAAGAAGGUCGUUGACUGGGAGCCUUGGUGGGCAAGUAAGGUUGCCAACACGGGCAACGCUUGA